AUGGCUGAAGGCGUCUUGUUCGAUUUGGCUGGACAACUCUUGGGGGCUCUGGCAUCAUUGGCUUACCAAGAACUUGGUUUGGCUUGGGGAGUCAAAGCAGAAAUCAGCAAGCUUAACCACACUGUUUCCUUGAUCAAAGGUGUGCUUCGUGAUGCGGAGGAGCAACAAAGGAACAACAACCAUGAAGUAACGGAAUGGCUCAGCCAGCUCAAAGAUGUACCUUACGAUGUGGAUGACUUGCUUGAUGAUUUUUCUACUGAAGCUUUGAGGCGAAAGAUAAUGAGCGGGAAUGAAAUGGUGAAAGAGGUACGCAUUUUCUUCUCCAAAUCAAACCAGCUUGCAUAUAGUCUCAAGAUGGGUCAUAGAGUUAAAGCCAUUAGAGAGAGACUAGAUCAAAUUGCCACUGAUAGAGCCAAAUUUGACUUCACUGACCGCCCUAUAGAGUCACUGGUUGAACUUAGGGAGAGGGACCAUACUUAUUCGUUUGUGCGUGCAGAAGAAAUAAUUGGAAGAGAUGAUGAUAAAAAGAAAAUUGUAGAACAGCUGCUACAAUCCGAACCUGAAGAAAAUGUAUCACUUGUUCCCAUAAUAGGGAUUGGAGGAUUAGGAAAGACCACAUUAGCUAAAAUGGUGUUCAAUGAUGAAAACGUCGGGAAACAUUUCCAGCUAAAAAUAUGGGUUUGUGUCUCAGAGAAGUUUGAGAUAAAAGUUAUUGUGGAAAAAAUCAUCGAGGCUGCAACUGGAAGAAAACCGGAAAACGAAAUGGAAACACUGCAAAAUAUUCUUCGAGAGAACAUUAAUGGAAAGAAGUACUUGCUAGUCCUAGAUGAUGUAUGGAAUGAGGACCGUGAAAAAUGGCUCAAUUUGAGAAAUUUGCUAUUAGAUGGUGCAAGGGGAAGUUGGAUUGUUAUCACUACUCGUAGUAUGCGGGUCGCAGAAAUCACAGGCACAGUUUCACCACAUGAGCUUGAAGGAUUGUCAAAGGGCCAAUCUUGGUCACUGCUGAAGCAAAUGGCAUUUAAAGAACAAAGCCACGAAUCCAACAGGUCAGACUUUGAAGCAAUUGGGAUGGAGAUUGUUGAGAAGUGUAAAGGGGUCCCUCUUGCCUUAAGGGCCAUAGGAAGUGUACUAUUUAACAGAACAGAAGCGGAAUGGUUAAAGGUGAAGAAUAAUGUUGUUAAGUAUAUAACUCGACCAGAAAGUGGCAUUAUGCCAAUUUUAAAGUUGAGUUAUGAUCAUCUUCCAACAUAUUUGAGGCAAUGUUUUGCUUAUUGCUCUUUAAUUCCGAAGGACGCUGAGUUUGAGGUUGAGUAUUUGAUCAUGGAUUGGAUGGCCCAAGGGUUUAUCCAGCCACUAAGUGGAGACGAAGAUCUAGAAGAUGUUGGGCAUGAGUAUUUCAUGGAUUUGCUUUGGAGAUCUUUUUUUCAAGUUGCAGAAGAAGAUGAUUCGGGAAAUGUGAAGAGAUUCACCAUGCACGAUCUAAUGCAUGAUCUUGCAUGCUCUGUUGCUGGGACUGAGUACUGCAUUGCAAGUCUAGAAGCAGAAAAUGCAGAUGGAAGAACUCGCCAUGUGUUAUUUGAAGAUGAAUUAGAUGCUUCUUGGAAAAUUCCAAGCACUUUGCUCAAAUCAAAUAGACUAAGGACAAUAUUUCUUCCGGAUGGCACCUUGAAUCAAUCCAUUUGCAAUUCACUUAUUUCUAAUUUUAGGUACCUACGCUCUUUGAAUUUGAGUUUAGGUAUUGAGAGGUUACCAGAUUCCAUAGGCGAAUUGCAACAUUUAAGGGCUCUUUAUCUUCAUAGAAAUUAUUUUCUUAAAAAACUGCCUGGUUCUUUAUCUAGGCUACAGAAUUUGCAAACAUUACGUCUUUCUGGUUGCUAUGCUCUCGAAAAAUUGCCGAGGAAAACAACAAGGUUAGUUAGCCUCAAAUAUCUUUAUAUUGAUCGUUGUCAUAGGUUGGCUUACAUGCCACGUGGACUGGGGCAACUAACUUGUCUGCGAAAGUUAAACCAGUUUGUUGUGGGAAAGAGAGGCAAGGAAGUUGGUGAGUUAAGGGAAUUGAAUGGACUGAACAACCUCAAAGGAAAAAUAGAUAUUUCUUCUUUACAAAAUGCUAUUCCAGAGCCUGGAUCUUCUUACUUGAAAGAAAAAUUGAAUUUGAAAUACUUAAUAUUGAGCUGGGAUAGAGUAGAUGAUGUGAGAAAUGAGAAGCAUGAAAUGGUUUUUGAAGGCCUCCAACCACACCCAAAUCUAGAGAGGCUUGAGGUGUAUGGGUAUCCGGGAAGCAAGAUUGAUGGAUUUAAAGUUUUGGAGAAUGUGUCUGAGAUUGAAAUGCAAAAGGAGUAUUCUUCAAAAUCAACAAAAUUUUUUCCAUCCUUAGAGAAACUCCAACUCUUAUCUUGCCCAAAUCUCAAGGGAUGGUGGAGGGGUGAUGGUAAUGAAGCUGCAAAUGCACAGCUGCCUUGCUUUCCUUGCCUUUCAGAUUUGACAAUACGAUGGUGCCCUAAUCUAACCUCUAUGCCGCUGUUUCCUUCUGUUCGGGAGCUGGAUUUGAAAGAAACUAGCUGGAAGCAACUCCAAGAGACAAUAAAAUUGAAGAUGACAACAUCAGAAGAACCAUCAUCGUCUUCGUUUUCUUCACUUUUCCCUCCUUUCUCUAAAUUGACAAAAAUGUGGCUUGUAGAUAUCGAAGAACUAGAUUCUCUAACAGAGGAGUUUCUACAAAACCUAACUUCUCUUCGGUCUCUGUACAUUACAAGUUGCAGUAACUUGACAUCAAUGCCAAAGGGGAUGCGCUUUCUCACCUCUUUACAAGUAUUGAGUAUUUCGGGAAGUCCCCAGCUACCGGAAAGAUGCCAAAGGGAUAUUGGUGUGGACUGGCCAAAUAUUGCUCACAUUGGAAUGAUUAGGAUUGAUGGGCGUGUGAUUUGA